AUGACCAAAAUGAUCGUCGUUGUUAUCUGCUUACUCAUCAUCGCACAGCAUAUCUGGGCAGCGCCAAAUCUACCAGAUUUACUCAACGAUGGUAAACAUGGUUUUCAUGUUGAUUCGGCCUCAACACCGACCCAAGUUUUUACUGUAGCUUGGCUUACUAAAGCUAAGCGAGCAGAAGAAUCAUGUUUCGUCACGGGUUGUCCAGAGGGUAAACGAUGUAAAGGAUGCGGUGGUUCCAGUGUAUUCUGCAUACCAAACACUGGCGAUUGUUGA